UCUAAAAACUUUCAUAUAAAUAGGGGAAGAUAGUUUAGACUAGAGACGCAACAAAAAUUUCAAGAAUUGGUUCUAUGAGAGCUAUUUCUACACUGUUGGUGAAUUUUUCCCCAUUUGUUAGUACUAAAAGAAUUUCAAGAAAGCCCAUUUAUUUUUCUAUUAGAAAUAUUAUUAUGUCUGAAUCAAAUCAAUAUGAUUCUUGUUUUGAUAGACCAAGAUUGGUAAUUAAAAAAGUGUUAGCUAAGCCACAAAGAGAAGGUAAUGGAGCUGUUGUUAAAAGGAGCAUUGGAAGGCAUGACUUGAGGAAUCUUGAUCCUUUCCUCUUGUUGGAUGAAUUUACAGUUUCUGCUCCUGCUGGUUUUCCUGAUCAUCCACACAGAGGUUUUGAGACAGUAACUUACAUGCUAGAGGGAGCUUUUACUCAUCAAGAUUUUGCUGGUCACAAGGGUACAAUCAGUACUGGUGAUGUCCAGUGGAUGACGGCAGGAAGAGGUAUAAUUCACUCAGAAAUGCCUGAAGGAGAAGGCAGCCAAAAGGGGUUGCAACUUUGGAUAAAUCUUUCUUCUGAGUACAAAAUGAUUGAGCCAAGGUAUCAAGAACUGCUGGAUGACGACAUACCAAGAGCAGAGAACGACGGGGUUAAAGUGAAAAUUAUAGCAGGCGAAGCGAUGGGAGUCCAAUCCCCGGUUUACACACGAACGCCUACAAUGUACCUCGAUUUCACCCUACAACCAACAACUUAUUACCAUCAAGCCAUCCCUGAAUCUUGGAACACAUUUGUGUAUAUAGUCGAAGGAGAAGGCGUGUUUGGGAUUCCGAAUUCGGGUCCCGUAUCAGCUCACCAUUGCUUGGUUUUAGGCCCUGGAGAAGGACUAAGUGUUUGGAACAAUUCUUCAAAGCCAUUAAGAUUUGUUUUGAUAGGUGGACAACCUCUUAAUGAACCUGUGGUUCAACAUGGUCCUUUUGUGAUGAACUCACAAGAUGAAAUUGAUCAAACUUUUGAGGAUUAUCAAUAUUGCAAGAAUGGUUUUGAGAAUGCUAGAUACUGGAGAUCAGGGCACUGAAGAAAUCACUGGAGCUGAUACAAUAAUUACUAUAAGCUGUGUUUGUCGGAUUCUUCAAAAGUGCCAACGGGUGCGUGUCGGAUCCUCUAAAUGUAGAGCAUUUCUGGAGAAUCUGAUACGGGCCUGAGCAAAGACUAUAAGCCACAAAAUGCAUGCACCCUUUUAUGUUUCUUUUUUCUUUUAAUAAAUAUAUCCCUAGUAAGGAAAUAAUGGCCCAGUGUAUCUUGAUUUAUCCUUCAAGCAUUUUUCAAGUUAAUGUUAUCUAUUCUUAUUUGAA